AUGAUUCUACUCACAGGGCUGGCUGAAUUAGCCCACAGAGAAUAUCAAGCUGGUGAUUAUGAAAACUCUGAACAACAUUGUAUGCAGUUAUGGGAUCAAGAACCUGACAAUACUGGAGUAUUAUUAUUAUUAAGUUCUAUUCACUUUCAAUGUAGGCGAUUAGACAGAUCUGCACAUUUUAGCAAGUUAGCUAUACAGAUUAAUCCAAUGUUAGCUGAAGCCUACUCUAAUUUAGGCAAUGUUUUUAAAGAAAGAGGACAACUACAAGAAGCUUUAGAUAAUUAUAGACAUGCUGUAAGAUUAAAGCCUGAUUUUAUUGAUGGAUAUAUUAAUCUAGCAGCAGCCUUGGUAGCAGCAGGAGAUAUGGAACAUGCUGUACAGGCUUAUGUCACUGCAUUACAGUAUAAUGCUGAUUUGUAUUGUGUGAGAAGUGAUCUUGGUAACUUAUUGAAAGCAUUAGGAAGAUUGGAUGAGGCCAAGGCUUGUUAUUUGAAGUCAAUAGAAACCUGUCCAAACUUUGCUGUAGCAUGGAGUAAUUUAGGUUGUGUGUUUAAUGCACAAGGUGAAAUAUGGUUAGCAAUUCACCAUUUUGAGAAGGCUGUGGCUUUAGAUCCUAAUUUUCUUGAUGCCUAUAUCAACCUUGGUAACGUUUUAAAAGAAGCUAGAAUAUUUGAUAGAGCUGUAGCAGCUUAUUUAAGAGCACUAAAUCUAAGUCCUAAUCAUGCUGUAGUUCAUGGCAAUUUGGCCUGUGUUUAUUAUGAACAAGGGUUAAUUGAUCUAGCUAUAGAUACCUAUAAACGAGCUAUAGAAUUACAACCUAAUUUCCCUGAUGCCUACUGUAAUCUAGCUAAUGCUCUAAAAGAAAAGGGACAGGUGAAAGAAGCAGAAGAAUGUUAUAAUAAAGCAUUAUUACUAAGUCCUACCCAUGCUGAUUCUCUCAACAAUCUAGCUAAUAUUAAACGUGAACAAGGACAUACAGAAUUAGCUGUAGAAUUAUAUCUGAAAGCCUUGGAGGUGUAUCCAGAGUUUGCUGUUGCUCAUUCUAAUUUAGCUAGUGUACUCCAACAACAAGGAAAACUUCAUGAAGCUUUACGUCAUUAUAAAGAAGCUAUUAGGAUAUCACCAACAUUUGCUGAUGCAUAUUCCAAUAUGGGUAAUACAUUGAAAGAGAUGCAAGAUAUAAAAGGAGCUUUAGGGUGUUACACUAGAGCAAUUAAAAUAAAUCCAGCCUUCGCUGAUGCCCAUAGUAAUUUAGCUUCUAUUCAUAAGGAUUCUGGUAACAUACCUGAAGCUAUUGCCUCUUAUAGAACAGCAUUAAAAUUAAAACCUGAUUUUCCUGAUGCUUAUUGUAACCUAGCUCAUUGUCUACAGAUUGUGUGUGAUUGGUCAGACUAUAGUAAAAGAAUGAAGAGGUUGGUUCAGAUUGUACAAGAUCAACUAGAGAAGAAUAGAUUACCAUCAGUACACCCUCAUCAUAGUAUGUUAUAUCCUCUAACACAUGGUAUGAGAAAAGCAAUAGCAGCUAGACAUGCCAGUCUGUGUCUUGAAAAGAUUAAUGUGCUACAUAAACCACCUUAUCAACACAGUAAGAGUCGAGAUGAAGGUAGUAGAUUAAAGAUUGGUUAUGUUAGUUCUGAUUUUGGUAAUCAUCCUACAUCUCACUUAAUGCAGAGUAUCCCAGGACAACAUGAUACUUCUAGAGUUGAGGUAUUUUGUUAUUCUUUAAGUCCUGAUGAUAAUACAACUUUCAGAGCCAAAUUAGUACGAGAAGUUGAACAUUUUGUUGAUUUAUCUCAGAUACCAUGUAAUGGUAAAGCAGCUGAUAAGAUCUAUUCUGAUGGUAUAGAUAUAUUGAUUAAUAUGAAUGGUUAUACCAAAGGAGCUAGGAAUGAAUUAUUUGCACUUCGACCUGCACCUAUACAGGUUAUGUGGCUAGGUUAUCCAGGUAGUAGUGGUGCCUCAUUUAUGGAUUAUCUCAUUACUGACAGAGUUACCUCCCCAUUGUCUCUAUGUGACCAGAAUUCUGAAAAACAAGCAUUUAUGAGGGACACAUUUUUUAUUGGUGACCACAAAAACAUGUUCCCUCACAUGAGAACCAAAAUAGUAGUGCGAUCAAGUGAUGGUGUAAUUAAAUUGAACAAUAUUAUAUUAAAUGGUGUUGAUUUAGAACCUAUUAGGAAAUUAGCAACUAAAACCGAGUAUAUUAAAAUUCAAUGUUUACAUGGUCGUACCACUGAUGGUCCUAAUGGAGAAGCUGCAGAACUAACUACAGAAGUUAUAGAUUUACCACAGGAAGUUAUCAAUGCAUUUGAGUUAUUAGUAAAAGAAAGUCAAGCUAGUGCUACUAUACAAGAUGUCGUUGUUCAAAAUGGUCUUACUACUAGCAUGGUGAAGUUUAGGUUGAAAAAUGCCAUAUUUAUGUCCACUAACAUAAUAUAUAUAUUUCAGACUGAUAAUAAAACAGCUACUGGUGAAGAAGUACCUCAGAAUAUAAUACUAUCAUGUCGUAGUCAAUAUAGAUUACCAGAAGAUGCUAUUAUAUACUGUAAUUUUAAUCAACUGUAUAAAAUAGACCCUGCUACCCUAGAGAUGUGGUUAGAGGUAUUAAAACAAGUACCUAAUAGUUAUUUAUGGUUAUUACGCUUUCCAGCUGUAGGAGAACCCAAUAUAGUUCGUUGGGCACAGAAUUUUGGAAUUCAACAAAACAGAUUUAUUUUCUCAAACGUUGCUCCUAAGGAGGAACAUGUAAGACGUGGUCAGUUAGCUGAUAUAUGUUUAGAUACACCAUUAUGUAAUGGACAUACUACUGGUAUGGAUAUAUUAUGGGCUGGUACACCAAUGGUUACUCUUCCUGGUGAAACCUUAGCCUCUAGAGUGGCUUCCUCACAACUACACGCAUUAGGUUGUCCUGAAUUAGUGGCUAAAUCUAGAGAAGACUAUGUUAGAAUAGCAGCUGAAUUGGGCAAUAAUCCUAAAAGAUUACAAGCUAUGCAAGCUAAAGUUUAUCUAGCUAGAACUAUGAGUCCACUGUUUAAUACCAAAAUUUAUGCGUCUAAUUUAGAAGAUUUAUAUGAGAGAAUGCUAUCUAGAUAUGAUAAGGGUAUGGAACCUGAUCAUAUUAUGGGAGAAAUGAAUGGUGAAAAAUAA